AACAAUACGUCAUUGAUAAAAGUUGUUUGCAUACAAAAGCUUAUAAUGCUUUUGAAACGAUAAUCAAAGAUGUAAAAAUGAGAAAUUCACAUAAGGCACAAUGGUAGUUUGGGUACCGAAACUGCGGCGAAACUAUCUUAAUCAUAUACUUCUUCGUUUACUGCUCGGUUUAAUUUUUAUUUACGUUUAUUGCGAAUAUUUAAUUUACUAUGUUACUCAAAUUCAGUGUGACUGGUCUGCGUUAAACAAAGAAUCGCAUGAGGGAAUAGAGCCGGUAUACGCGAUGGUUAUAGCCGACACGCACCUGUUAGGAUCCCGGAAUGGUCACUGGUUUGAUAAAUGGCGCCGAGAGUGGCAGAUGCAUCGUGCUUUUCAGACCGCUAUGACUCUUCACAACCCAGAAGUUGUGUUUGUUUUAGGCGAUUUAUUUGAUGAGGGCAAAUGGUGUCCGGAAAAGGAGUUUAAUGACUAUGUCGAUAGAUUCCAUAGAUUGUUUAAAGUUCCUGAGAGUACUGAACUGUACUCUGUAGUUGGCAACCAUGAUAUAGGCUAUCACUACAGUAAGAAGCUAGAGAGGGAAGUCAGGAUUGCAGGCCCUAUCAUAAGUGAUGUGUUUCGUAGGAUAACGCCGCACCUCGCGAAACGGUUUGAGAGUAAGCUAAAGUCGCCGCCGGUGCAGAUGGUCAGCAUCAGAGGGAACCACUUCGUUCUCAUCAACUCUAUGGCAAUGGAGGGAGAUGGAUGUACCCUAUGUGCGCGUACUGUCGCCGAGAUAAGUAACAUAUCAAACAUAUUAAGGUGCAGCAGUGGUUCAAGCCUUUGUAAAGGGAAGAAGAGAUUGGAACACUACAGCCGACCAAUUAUUAUGCAGCAUUAUCCUUUGUACCGGGAAUCUGAUAAUGUAUGCACGGAGCCCGAUGCUGCACCAUUACCAGAAAGAAACAGUCUAUUCGAGGAACGCUGGGACUGUCUGUCUAAAGAGUCUACAGAAUACUUGGUAGAGAGUCUACACCCGCGGGCGGCCUUCGGUGCGCACACGCAUCACAGCUGCGUCGUACGUCACAGCUUCGUGCCGACACCGGACCAUAAGAUAGAGUUCAUUGAGUAUACUGUACCUUCAUUCUCGUGGAGGAAUAGGCUUGACCCCAAGUACUAUUUGUUAACAAUAACUCCGGAAGAGGUGAAGGUGUCGAAGUGCGGUUUGCCUCUCGAGUGGAGUCUGCAGAUCACAGCGAUAUUGAUGUUGCUCGCGCUUCUGGUCUAUAUACGAUAUUACACCACGGUCAACACUUUGAGCUACAAACAAUUAUCUGGAAAAAAAGUGUGAACUGGCGAACAAACGUACUUACUUGCCUUUAAUAUGUUUUUCUUCAAAUUACCAACGAAUUAAAUAGUUAUUUAUUUAAAGAACUUA